AUGGCUGACUUCAUUACUGAUCGCGGCUUUAGCAACACGCCGAUCUAUGUGACCGACCUAGAACGCUGUCAACCCGCAGACCGGCUCUCUCCCAACGGUGGAUUCCGCCGCUGGCACACCAUUCCCUAUCAGGCUGAAGGUUUCUCCGGCGUCAUGCUAAAGGCGGGUCCGGAGACCCGUGCGCAGGAAGUUCACUAUCCGUUAAGCGUGACCGGCUGGCAUGCGAUCUCCAUCGGUAUACACCCAACCAGCGAGGAAGGUCUCCCUCAAACGCUCGUCAAACUGAGCGGCGACAAUACCUAUUCCGUGCUUACGUGGGAUACCGGCGGUCACCACCUACGGCGCAAGCAGCUCCAAGAGAUCUUCUGGAAGGUUGCUGACCUGAACGGACAAGCAGUUGACUUCUGCCAACUCGCGCGCCGUAUUGAUCCGGGGUGA